AAAUUAAAUUAAAUUGAAGAUGGCAAGUGAUGGCGGGGUUAUAUUUGAGCUGGAAUCAAAGGUGAAAGAGGUCAAUCUGGAGGAUGUUGCCUCUCGCCAUCGCCGCGAGCGCAAAGAACUUCAGGCCAAGUUGCAGGCCAUGAAGAAGAAUGCGCCCAAGAACAAUAAAUCCAAGCGCAAGGAGUUCCUAGAGGAGAUGUCACGCCUGGAGAGUGAGCUGGAGCAGCGUCAAAAGAUCGAACUUCAGGCAGACGAAAGCAAAGAUGUGUCUGAGCUGCCCAAGAAUCAACCCGUUGCAGAGGCGCCGCCUGCUGGAAGCGAACCAGCCAAAAGCGAGGACGACGGAAAGAAACAGUCGCAGGAACCUGGAACGCAGCAGCGUGUGUCUAAAGCCCAAAAGCGGCGCGACAAGAAGUCACGGGAGGCCCGCGAACGCGAGGCGGAAAUCCGCGAGGAACUCCAGAAUGCAGCCAACGAUGGCCCAUCGCUCAAAUGGAUCGAACUCCAGCAGAUCACAGACAAGUUGGCCAGUCGGCAGCUGGCCCUGCACUCCAUAGCCUCCGAUGGAGACUGCUUGUACCAUGCUGUGCGCCAUCAGUUAAUUGCCAAUGCUCUGCCCGGCCACAGCGUGCAAGAGCUGCGCAAGGAGACAGCCAAUUAUGUGCGUGCCCAAAAGGACGCUUUCAUAUGCUAUAUGACCCAUCCGGAGACUGGAGAUCUGUUAAAUGACGAGCAGUUCGAGCAAUACUGCAAAGACAUAGAGGACAACCACGCAUGGGGUGGUCACAUCGAACUGAAGGCAAUCUCCUCGCUGCUGAAAGUUCCCAUUGAAGUCAUCCAAGCCGAGGGAGCUCCUACACUGCUAGGGCAGGAGGAAUUUGGCGGUGCUCCCCUGGUACUGUGCUACCAUCGUCAUAUCUACCAGUUGGGUGCCCAUUAUAACUCCACAGUGCCAGUGGAAGCCGAGCCAUAAAGGAGUCAGAAAUCUAUUGAAUUUGUAACAGUUUAACUAUUUUUAUUUAUAAAUACGCAUUGGAAGAUUUGAAUUAUUGUCAAAAAUUUGCAAGUACUUAGUAGCUAUGUACAAUAAUAGUAACAAUUGUUCAUUA